AUGUAGAACACUAAUAAGUAAGUUAGAGAAUCUUGGAAGAUGUCAUUAAUCAAUAAAUUUGGUUUGGCUGAAGUCAUCGAACAUAAUCUCAUUUUUUAGCCUCCUAAACCAAAUUAUCAUAUUAAAAAUAGCUCAGAUUUUAAUGGUUUAGAGUUCAGCGUAGAACUGAAAGGCCAUUGGGUCAGCUUGAAUAAGCUGUGCAAUCUCAAGCACAGGGUUUCCAUUUUGAAAGAAGUGGAAAAUAAUGUAAUUGUCUCAUAUGUUCCGAUAAUUCAUUAUUCGUGCAAUUCUGAUAGGGUUAUCAUCCUAUCUCACAGCAAUGCAAUGGAUUUGACCCUAGCAUCGAGAUGGGCCUCUAAGAUUUGUGAGUUGUAUGAGGUAGAUGUGAUGUGUUAUGAUUACUCGGGAUAUGGAAUUACAAAACAAACAAUGAAACCAUCUGAAUUGGGCAUUUCAAGAGACCUCUCCAAUGUAGUGGCUCUAGCUUAACAUCAGUACGACCACAUAUUUUUGUGGGGAUUCUCCAUUGGUUCUUAUCCGACAGUUGAUGUAGCUACGCAAUUCUAACUUUCUGGAAUCAUUCUAUAAGCUCCAUUAGCCUCGUUGGGUAGAAUUAUAGACAAUCGCAAUUCGUUUUACUCAGAACAUGAUAAGUUUUCAAAUCAAGCCAUCAUAAACAAAAUCACUGCUCCAGUCUUGAUCUUCCAUGGAACCAAGGACAACAUAAUAAAGAUCAACCAUUCAGAACAACUAUCGAAAUGUUGCUAGAAUUUAUUUGCAUUUAUCAAAGUAGAAGGAGCAAAUCACAAUGAUAUUGGAAUUGCAGCUGAAACCCAGGAUUCAGAGGUGUAUAAAUCAAUUAGGGAACUGCUUCAUAGUGAAAAGAGUCCGCCCAUUAAGAGGGUGUUUGAAUUAUCAUUAAAAUAUGAUAAUCUGACUAUUCUUGAUCACAUUGGGGACCAAAAAAUGUACUAAAGCAAUUUGCCAACCUAAAACAAGAAGGAAAUCAAUAAAAAAUGCGAUGGUUAAGGUUGUUAAUUAUUUUGCAUAAAAUUUUGA